AUGUGGAGGUCCUGGGCUGGAUGUGGAGGUCCUGGGCUGGAUGUGGAGGUCCUGGGCUGGAUGUGGAGGUCCUGGGCUGGAUGUGGAGGUCCUGGGCUGGAUGUGGAGGUCCUGGGCUGGAUGUGGAGGUCCUGGACUGGAUGUGGAGGUCCUGGGCUGGAUGUGGAGGUCCUGGGCUGGAUUUGGAGGUCCUGGGCUGGAUGUGGAGGUCCUGGGCUGGAUGUGGAGGUCCUGGGCUGGAUGUGGAGGUCCUGGGCUGGAUGUGGAGGUCCUGGGCUGGAUGUGGAGGUCCUGGGCUGGAUGUGGAGGUCCUGGGCUGGAUGUGGAGGUCCUGGGCUGGAUGUGGAGGUCCUGGGCUGA